GCCUCGGCGUCCGGGAUGCAGUGGCGGGGGGUUUACCAGCCCCUUGCGGUCGCCUGUCUGGGCUGGGGACCCCGGCGCCCGUGGCGCGCACACACGGGGUGCCUGCCCCUCCGGCAGCUCUCGCGGCGGGGCUGUGCAGGGCCCUGGCCAGGCCUCUGCCACUUGGGCGCCCAGGCCGGGGAGCGAGCUGACCGGCGGGACGGGGCGCGAAGGACAGACCUGGACCCCGCAGGCGGACUCUCGGCGCCCUGGGGCGGCCCAGCCGGCCCUACGAGGAUGGUGGCACAGAUGAUAUUAACCGUGUUCUUGAGCAACAAUGAACAGAUUCUAACAGAAGUUCCUAUAACACCAGAAACAACCUGUCGAGAUGUUGUAGAAUUUUGCAAGGAACCUGGAGAAGGUGGAUGCCAUUUAGCAGAAGUGUGGAGAGGAAAUGAGCGCCCCAUACCCUUCGACCACAUGAUGUACGAGCACCUGCAGAAGUGGGGGCCUCGAAGGGAAGAAGUGAAGUUUUUUCUUCGACAUGAGGAUUCUCCAACUGAGAGCAGUGAGCAAGGUGGCCGCCAAGCUCAAGAGCAAAGAACACAGAGAAAUGUAAUAAAUGUACCUGGAGAAAAACGUACUGAAAAUGGGGUUGGGAAUCCGCGCGUCGAACUCACCCUCUCAGAGCUCCAGGAUAUGGCAGCCAGGCAACAACAGCAAAUUGAAAAUCAACAACAAAUGCUGGUGGCCAAGGAACAGCGUUUACAUUUUCUAAAGCAACAGGAGCGUCGCCAGCAGCAGUCUAUUUCUGAAAAUGAGAAGCUUCAGAAGUUGAAAGAACGAGUUGAGGCCCAAGAAAACAAACUGAAGAAAAUCCGUGCCAUGAGAGGACAAGUGGAUUACAGCAAAAUUAUGAACGGCAAUCUGUCUGCUGAGAUAGAAAGGUUCAGCGCAGUGUUCCAGGAGAAGCAGCAGGAAGUACAGACUGCAAUUUUGAGAGUUGAUCAGCUGAGUCAGCAACUGGAAGAUCUGAAGAGGGGAAGACUGAAUGGGCUCCAGCCUUACAGCGGCGAGCUGGCGGGGCCGGCGGCAGCGGGCUUGAAGCGCCUCCGUCAGGAGCUGCAGAUUCGUAACCAGCUCAACCAGGAACAGAAUUCAAAGUUGCAGCAGCAGAAGGAGCUCUUGAACCAGCGCAACGUGGAGGUGGCCCUGAUGGACAAGCGCAUCAGCGAGCUGCGUGAGCGUCUCUAUGGCAAGAAGAUCCAGCUAAGCCGUGUCAAUGGCACAUCAUCACCGCAGUCGCCCCUGAGCACAUCUGGCAGGGUUGCUGCCGUGGGGCCGUACAUCCAAGUCCCCAGUGCUGGAAGCUGUCCUGUCCCAGGAGACCCUGUGAAGCCCCAGUCUCUCACUGUUGCCUCAAGUGCUGCCCACGGGAGAUCUAAGUCUGCUAAUGAUGGCAACUGGCCAACAUUAAAGCAGAAUUCCAGCUCUUCAGUGAAGCCAGCGCAGGGGGCCAGCACAGACUGGAAGGAGCCGGGCAUGGAGGGGCCCCUGAAGCAGGGCGCCAUCUCGAGCCAGCCACUGCCCUUGUCAGCACUGGGAGCCACAGAGAAGCUGGGCAUUGAGAUUGGCAAAGGGCCACCUCCUGUCCCUGGCAUAGCAAAACCCUUGCCUCCAAGCUAUGGGACAUACCCAAGCCCUACACCCCUGGGCCCAGGCUCAACAAGUUCUCUGGAGAGAAGGAAAGAGGGGAGUUUGCCUCGCCCGGGUGCAGGCCCACCAAGUCGGCAGAAACCCACCCCGCUCCCCCCAGCAGGCAGCAUCCCCCAGCCUGGCUCCUCACAGCAGAUUCAGCAGAGGAUUUCUGUACCGCCAAGUCCCACGUACCCACCAGCAGGGCCACCUGCAUUCCCAGCUGGAGAUGGCAAACCUGAGCUCCCACUGACAGUGGCCAUUAGACCCUUCCUGGCUGAUAAAGGGUCCAGGCCACAGUCUCCCAGGAAAGGACCCCAGACGGUCAAUUCAAGUUCCAUAUACUCCAUGUACCUCCAGCAAGCCACACCACCUAAGAAUUACCAGCCUGCAGUGCACAGCACCUUGAACAAGUCGGUGAAAGCAGUAUAUGGCAAGCCCGUCUUACCAUCAGGGUCAACGUCUCCAUCACCCUUACCAUUUCUCCAUGGGUCCUCCCAGCCCCAGCCAUCUUCAGAAUGUACGGAGAAAGAGCCUGAGCCCGAGGGCCCGGCCGCACCAGGGGAGGGCAGCACGGUGGAGAGCCUGCCGCGGCCCCUCAGCCCCACCAAGCUCACACCCAUUGUGCACUCACCACUGCGCUACCAGAGCGACGCGGACCUGGAGGCCCUGCGCCGGAAACUGGCCAAUGCGCCUCGGCCCCUCAAAAAGCGCAGCUCCAUCACAGAGCCAGAGGGCCCCGGUGGACCCAACAUCCAGAAGCUACUGUACCAGCGCUUCAACACGCUGGCCGGAGGCAUGGAGGGCACGCCAUUCUACCAGCCCAGCCCCUCCCAGGACUUCGGGGGCACCUUGGCUGACAUGGACAAUGGAAAUACCAAUGCCAAUGGCAACCUGGAAGAGUCCACCCCUGCCCAGCCCAUAGUCCCACAGCCUGAUGAGUCUGUCCCCUCCUCAGAUGCCAACGACAAUGAGCUGCCUUCCCCUCAGCCAGAGGAGCUCAUCUGUCCACAAACAACCCACCAAACCGCUGAGCCUGCAGAGGACAAUAACAACAAUGUAGCCACGGUCCCCUCCACAGAGCAGAUCCCCAGCCCGGUGGCCGAGGCUCCAUCUCCAAUGGAAGAGGAGACCCCUCCGGCAACUCUGCCCCCUGUUGGCCAUCCUCCAGCAGCCUCUGUGAAUAAACGGACCAACCUGAAGAAGCCCAACUCGGAGCGGACAGGGCAUGGGCUGAGAGUACGCUUCAAUCCCUUGGCACUGCUUCUAGAUGCUUCCUUGGAAGGCGAGUUUGAUCUUGUGCAGAGGAUCAUCUAUGAGGUGGAGGACCCCAGCAAGCCCAAUGACGAGGGGAUCACCCCCCUGCACAAUGCUGUCUGCGCUGGUCACCAUCACAUCGUCAAGUUCCUGCUGGACUUUGGGGUCAACGUGAAUGCUGCUGACAGUGACGGAUGGACACCGCUGCACUGUGCUGCCUCCUGCAACAGCGUCCACCUGUGCAAGCAGCUGGUGGAGAGUGGAGCAGCCAUCUUUGCCUCAACCAUCAGCGACAUCGAGACUGCUGCAGACAAGUGUGAGGAGAUGGAGGAAGGCUACAUCCAGUGCUCUCAGUUCCUCUAUGGGGUGCAGGAGAAGCUGGGAGUGAUGAACAAAGGUGUGGUGUAUGCCCUGUGGGACUACGAGGCCCAGAACAGUGACGAGCUGACCUUCCACGAAGGAGAUGCCAUCACCAUCCUGAGACGCAAAGAUGAAAGCGAGACCGAGUGGUGGUGGGCCCGCCUUGGGGACCGGGAGGGCUACGUGCCCAAAAACCUGCUGGGGUUAUAUCCUCGGAUCAAGCCCCGGCAGCGAACACUUGCCUGAGCUUCCCCCUUAGAGCACCCAGGAGCCGCUGGACGUGAUCCUGCUGUCCCCUGGAGAGCUGCCGCUGGGGCGGCCUCAUGGUGCUCAUGUUGGCAGACAGCGUCCACAGUGUGAAUUCCCCCACUCCCAGGUGAGGCCCUUUCUCCAGUCUUACCGUAACUGGGAAAGGUACUUUUGCCUCCAAGACUGAGUUUUGCCAGUGACUAUAAAUGCAAAUAAAUACUCAGCUUUCAGAACACCUACCCCAGUCGCCAAUAAGCAGCCCUGUCAUUGUCCUGCCCCCUGGUUGUCUGCCAGUGAAGAUAAGCUCUGACUGCCCAUGCUAGAUGUUGCCCCACCCACAUCAGAUGCCCCCUGCCCUCCUUGCCCUCUCCACCACCCUCCCCUCUCACUACCAAAGGAGUCUAGGGUAGAAACUGUCCGGUGUGUGCCCCCUAGGGCCCCUGCAGGCUGAUCUGGGGUGCUGCUUCCUGCUGUCCCUGUGCCAGUCCUCCGUGCCCCAAGAUGCGUGCUCCUGGCUCCUAAGCCUCUGGCUGCACAGCCAGAGUUCGUUCCCAGUGAGCGCAGAGAACCUGGGUUCUGUGGCACUGCUGGGCAGGGCUUGCGUGGACAAGGCUGGGGCCCGGGGUCGGUGCCUAAGCUCUGGGCUAUGCGAGGCAGGCUCUGUGCCAGCCGGCACUGUGGACAGGCCUUUAGACACCAAGAUUGCUGUCACCUGGACCACUCCAGACUGCCGGAACUGCAUUGGAAGUAUUUCUCCUCAUUAAAAUUCAGGCCCCAGGCUUUCCUUUCCACAUGUGGUCUUGUGUGCAUUUGUGUCCAAACACAUGGAAGUUUAUGGGUACAGUGUGCCAUCCUCACUCAAGCAGUGACUGAACAGGAUGUGGUACUGAAUGCCCCGUCCCCUGCACUGCUGACACCGUGUCCAUGUGCACAGUAAACUGCUGCCUGGCACCUGG